UAAUUUUUUUUCUUCUUUUUUUUUACCAGUCCAGAAAGCGCCGUUUCCCGUCCAUAUCUCGAAUAGUCCUCAAACUAUUUGACAAAAAAAAUCAAGAAAGAAAAUCAACAAAACAUGACGUCUAAUUCCAACGUGUCCAACAUGCGUCGACUUGUUGAACAACUGAAACUCGAAGCCAGUUUGGAACGGAUUAAGGUGUCUCAGGCAGCGGCAGAGCUCCAGCAGUACUGCCACCAGAAUGCGGCUAAAGAUGCUCUGCUGGUCGGGGUUCCGACAGGCUCCAACCCCUUCAGAGAACCACGGUCCUGUAACCUGUUCUAAGGACAGGACACAAAAAUGGCGGAGUCAUGCAGAAGAAAACUUACGAUGAAAAAGUGACCAGGCUGCAUUCAUUUGAGAGAUAUAUGUUUUCUCUUGUGCCAUGUGGCUUUGUCAGGUUUCUUUAAUAAUAUAUAUUAUAUGAAGUAAUAAUAGGUUUGUAUAUUGGAGCUCAUUUUUUACAUUUGUUUCUUGAAUGUUAGUAUUUUUAGUCCCAAAGUUUUAAUGUUUUUUUUUUUUUUUUACAAGUUUGGUAACAUUUAAUAUAAACUUGAUCUUAUUCAGGAGGGUGUAAUGCAGUAAUUACAUUGUUACAUUGUUCUUUGGUAAUUGUUUUGCAUUGCAUCAUCUUAAACUGAAGAGAUGUUUUAAGUCGGGGUGGGGGGGGGACUCGAAACUGCCUCGGAAUCGUUAAACUCCUUCCUUUCCUGUUGUUGAGACGUCGAUGUUUAAUGGAAACCGCUUAUAGUCAGUGACAGGAAGCUAGGUCUUCCUGUUUAAACCCACCAGAGAUACUUAAUAAUUCACAUUCCAGUUACUUCCAGUUCAUUCACAACGUACAAGAUGUUGUGCUGAGACAGGGGGGGGGGGGGCAGCCACGGACUGAACUCGAUCGGUUUCUUUUAGCGUCGUGGAGAAGCUGUAACUGAUACCGAGGAAAGCACUUUCCACCCAUAGACAUAUGCUUCCACCACCGCCCAGUGUCAGCCCCUGACCACAGGAUGUUACUGUGACUUCCCUUUAACUUAGGUUGUGUCCCAAAUGGCACCUUAUUGCCCAUAGGGCUCUGGUCUAAAGUAGUGCACUAUAUAGGGAAUAGGGUUCCAUAGGGCUCUGGUCUAAAGUAGUGCACUAUAUAGGGAAUAGGGUUCUAUAGGGCUCUGGUCUAAAGUAGUGCACUAUAUAGGGUUCCAUAGGGCUCUGGUCUAAAGUAGUGCACUAUAUAGGGAAUAGGGUUCCAUAGGGCUCUGGUCUAAAGUAGUGCACUAUAUAGGGAAUAGGGUUCCAUAGGGCUCUGGUCUAAAGUAGUGCACUAUAUAGGGAAUAGGGUUCCAUAGGGCUCUGGUCUAAAGUAGUGCACUAUAUAGGGAAUAGGGUUCCAUAGGGCUCUGGUCUAAAGUAGUGCACUAUAUAGGGAAUAGGGUUCCAUAGGGCUCUGGUCUAAAGUAGUGCACUAUAUAGGGAAUAGGGUUCCAUAGGGCUCUGGUCUAAAGUAGUGCACUACAUAGGGAAUAGGGAGCCAUUUGAGACACAGUGUUAUUUUGCCAUAUCCUGUUUGACACGAGCGGCAGUCGUGGGUCCAGGGACCAAGGUCUGUUUCGCAAGGAGACCUAACAUGCACACAAACAUUACAAACACACUCAUUAUUGCCCUCGCCUCUUCCGUUCUCCGAGUGGAAAAACUUCAUCAGGCUUCUAAAAAAAAGGGGCAAUCUGGGAUUGUUGCAUUUUCAUUAUUAAAAAAUAUAUAUAUUGGCAUAUA